AAAGUGCCUCUUCUAGCUGUAUGGUUUUGAUGACAUCGCAUGCAAUUGAAAAGUAUCUUCCGCAAGUUUGCUAGUUCGUUCAUCCGCCCUGUAAUAGCUAAACAUAGAAUAGAUCCAAAGACAAUGAAGCUUGAUACACCAGAGUUCAGAUCGUUGUUCACACCCCAACUCAAUACUUUAUCGGAACUUUUCAAGAGAAAUAGUUAUGAAUUGAGAAUAGCUGGUGGCGCAGUAAGAGACUUAUUGAUGCACAUACGACCAGCUGAUGUGGAUUUUGCGACUACAGCUACUCCUACUCAGAUGAAGGAAAUGUUCGAAAAAGAGCAAAUCCGCAUGUUACACAAACGCGGAGAAGAGCAUGGAACUAUAACUUGUCGGAUAGACGAAAAGGAAAAUUUUGAAAUUACUACUUUGAGGGUUGAUGUAGUAUGUGACGGUCGCCGUGCCCAAGUAGAAUACACUACUGAUUGGCAACUUGAUGCAAAUAGAAGAGAUCUCACAAUCAACUCGCUUUUUCUAGAUUUGGACGGGAAUGUGAUAGACUACUUCGGAGGUAUUCAAGAUGUUGAGAGGAGACGAGUAGCUUUCGUAGGUGAUGCUGUGCAGCGAAUACAAGAAGAUUAUCUUAGAAUUCUCAGAUACUUCCGGUUUUUCGGUCGUAUCUCUGCAUCUACAGAACACGAAAUCGCUACGUUAGAGGCUAUCAAGCAAAAUAGUCAUGGACUGGCGAAUAUUAGUGCCGAACGAAUAUGGGCAGAAAUGAAACGAAUCGUAAUUGGUCGUAUGGCUGAUCAUGUCGUUCGGUGUAUGCUGGAAGAGUGUAAACUUCAACAGUAUCUGGGACUUCCGGAACACUCAAAUGUGGAUCGUUUUGCAAAAGUUUUUGCGAAGUACGAAGGAAGUUUGGAGCCGAUGACCAUGGUUGCUUCGUUGUGCGAAAAACCUGAAGACAUCGCUUGUUUUCAUAAGAAGACCAAGCUAUCAAAUGCGGAACGCGUGCUUGGAGAAUUUGUUGUCAGUCAUCGCAAAGAGGCUGAGAACGCGUUAGUGAAUGGAGAUAUGGAUUGGUGGAAGGACUUAAUCGUGGAGUUGGACGUUUCACCCGGCCAUGAUCAACAAAAAAUAUCUGGAUUGGAAUUGGUCACACAACUUGCAAAAGCUGUCUGUGCUGAGCGAAAGUUAAUUGAAGAACUCGAUUCAUGGCCCUUGCCACAAUUUCCUGUGAAAGGACUAGAUCUCAUGUCAUGUGGUGUAGAUCGAGGGCCUAAAAUGAAGCUCACCCUGACGUAUCUGUUCGGCAUUUGGCAAAAAAGUCGGUAUGAGAUGACUAAGGAAGAAUUGCUUAAGCAUGCUCAUGAUGACGGUAUCCCAAGUCCCCCAGCUUCUGUAAAAAUGACUAAGAAACGUCGCCAUGAAGAAGAAGCUUGACAAUGGAACAAAAUCAUAUUAAUUGCAAGGCGUAGCCAAUACAAAUCCUUUCAACAACCUCAAGUUGACGGCUGGUGAAUCCCUUCUUUGUCCUCAGCUCAUCCAAAACUAUGACUUUUGUGUUAUAAUGCGGUGCAGUUAUCAAAGUUAAAUGAAUUAUAUAAGUCUACUCUCA